AUGACAAACACAUCUGAACUCCUUAAUGAAUGUCCACCAAUCAUGAAUGAUGAAGAUAUUCUUAAUGACUGUGGACCUGUAGAUAUCCCUCCACCGCCUCCGUUAGCACAGUCUUUAGAUGCUAAUGGCCCAAGAUUAAUGAUCACUCAAAUUGUUACGGAAAAUUUCAAAUCUUAUGGUGGUAUGCGUGUUAUGGGACCAUUCCAUAAAAAUUUUAGUUGUAUUAUCGGCCCUAAUGGAAGCGGUAAAAGUAAUGUAAUUGAUUCAAUGCUAUUCGUGUUUGGUUAUCGGGCAUCAAAAGUUCGUUCGAAGAAAAUUAGUCAACUUAUACACUAUAGUGAACUGGUACCUAAUGCUAGUAGCUGUGAAGUGUCUGUACACUUUCAAAAAAUUAUUGAUCAUGGUCCUGGUGCUUUGGACUAUGAAGUUGUUCCAAAUAGUCAGUUUGUUAUUUCACGACGAGCAUACAAAGAUAAUUCAAGUUGCUAUUUGGUUGAUGGUACUCGAGCUGUUUAUCGUGAUGUGGCUAAUCUUUUGCGCAGUCAUGGCGUGGAUAUUGAUCAUAAUCGAUUCCUUAUAUUACAAGGCGAAGUGGAGCAAAUUGCUUUGAUGAAACCUAAAGCUCCAAGUGAACAUGAGGAUGGAUUUCUUGAAUACUUAGAGGAUAUAAUUGGUUCAUCACGAUUUAAACAACCAUUAAAUAUAUUUAUAAAUCGUAUUGAAAAAUUAAAUGAUUUACGUUUGGAAAAACUUUCACGUGUAAAAUUAAUUGAAAAAGAAAAAGAUGAAUUAGAAUCUGUACGUAAUGAAGCAAUGGAUUAUUUACGUUUAGUAAAUCAAUUAAUUAAAAUGAAAAAUAUAUUAUAUCAACAAAAUUUAUUCAAUGAAUAUCAUUCUAUUCAAAUGAUUAAAGAGAAAUUAAUGAAUACACAAAAAGAAACUGAAAAUUUAUCAAGUCAGGUACGUGAAAAAACUCGACAAAUUAAGCGAUUAGAAUCUGAUCGUGAUGAGCUUACUCAACGUCAUGCUCAAUUGCAAAUAAGACAUCGUGAUGGGAAAGCAAAAUUUGCUGAAUUUGAAGCUCAAGAUGGACAACUGCGUGAUGAACAUGCACAUACAAAAACUUUAGCACGUCGUUUGGCUAAAGCAAUUCAAGUAGAACGAACUAAGUUAGAAGAGUUAGAACGAUUACCUGGAGAAGCAGAUGCUCGUCGUGAAGCAAUUAAGAAACAACUAGCGGAAUUUGAAGAAGCUAAAAGAAACAUGAAGAAGUUUAUAAGGAAACAGCUGAUAAUCUGUCUAAAGAAUCUGCACCUUUACGAAUUAAAGUUGAAGAAAGUGAAUCCAUGUUGGCUCCUUUACAAACAGAAGCUGAUCAAAUUACAAGUAAACUAA